CCGUCACCAAAAUUUUAUUUACCUCAACCUCUAACCUCAACUCAAGUCACUGAGGUAGCCUCAACUGAGAUUUCCCUCCAUUCACCGUCACCAAACGGCUUGAGGAAUACCUCAGUUUAGGCUAGAAAAUUACACUCAACUCAGCUGAAUACGUACAUGAAAAUUUUCGCGUGAUUUCGCGGAUUUUUUUUACGUAACGAUUUUACGCAAUAAAUUUUGUCGUCUGUGUUUAUUAUUUCAUAAAAUGGCUGAAAAAGAAAUCGAAAACCUAAUUUCUGCUGCAAAGAGGAAGAGGGGGGCCAAUUGGUCCUCCGAGGAAGAAAUUGUUUUGAUUGAGGAAGUCCUCAAGUUUGAGGGGCAACUAUUUGGCAAAAUGAAAGUGGCGGGUAUUAAGGGGAAACAUAACAAAAUAAAAGAAGAGACGUGGCAGUCUAUUACGGACACCCUCAAUCUACAAUUCAGAAAUGAGAGAACAUCGGAUACCAUUUCAAAAAAAUAUGACAACAUCAAACAGAGAGCUAAAGAUAAUAUUGAUGGGAUUCGCCGCCCCAAGACUGGAGGAGGUCCUCCACCGGCACCCAUGACCCCAGCCGAGGAAACUCUCUAUCAAGCCAUGGAUUCACGACCUAAUAUUGUCGGAUUGGUCGGCGGGAUCGAUACAGAUGAUAUUUCACCGAUUAGUCACGAAAUGGAGGAUGAGCCAAGUACAAGCAAUAGAACUGUCGACUCAACUGGUGACUGUAACUCCACAAUCAAAGACAGACAGCCAAAUCGUGGUCGAAAAUCAAACAAACAGAGGAAUGGACGGAGAGAGAUAGAAGGGGGAGAAAUUGACAAUCUAAAUCUAGAGAAUGAGAAAAUGAAAGAGGAAAUUGAAAAAAUUAAAUUAGAGAAAAGGAAGUUGGAGAUAGAAAUUGAUUAUAUUGAAACAAAAAAAGUGUAUCUUCUGUACAAGCUUAAUGCUGAAUUUCCAGAAAAUUUGCUGGAUGUACAUAUGACCAGUUCAUAAAAGAAUUAACAAAUGACAGCCAUGUGAGGAAUGGGAAAGUCGUGUAUUAUUUAUUUUUAUUGUUUUCAAUUUAUCUAGUGUUUUUAAAACAUGCACUUAAUAAAUUAACAUGCUACAAGACAA